GCGAGGGGGCGGGCCGGUGCUCUGGAGUCCAUGUGGGCGCCGGCGCGGCGGGGCGCAGCGCGGGGUCGCCAUGGCGGAGCUGCAGCAGCUCCGCGUGCAGGAGGCGGUGGACUCCAUGGUGAAGAGUCUGGAGAGAGAGAACAUCCGGAAGAUGCAGGGCCUCAUGUUCCGGUGCAGCGCCAGCUGCUGUGAGGACACCCAGGCGUCCAUGCAGCAGGUACACCAGUGCAUUGAGCGCUGCCACGCGCCUCUGGCUCAAGCCCAGGCCAUGGUGACCAGCGAGUUGGAGAAGUUCCAGGACCGUCUGGCCCGGUGCACCAUGCAUUGCAAUGACAAAGCCAAAGAUUCAAUAGAUGCCGGAAGUAAAGAGCUUCAAGUGAAGCGGCAGCUGGAGAGUUGUGUGACCAAAUGUGUGGAUGACCACAUGCACCUCAUCCCAACCAUGACCAAGAAGAUGAAGGAGUCUCUCUCAUCCAUUGGGAAAUAGAAGUCUUUGCCAUUGGCCAGUGGGGCUAAGGACAGGAAUCUAUUUAAAAAGAGGAAUGGGAAUUUUGGUCUUUUAAGCAAAGUUUAUGAAUGAAGAAAUUAAGGAUGGCAGCGAGUUUAAGGCAUAUGUCACUUUCCUCUGGACAUUGGUUUCUUUAUGUUUCACUCCUAGAAAGUGAAAUGGAAAAAACUGGUGCUAAAAUAUGAGUCAGAGAUAGCACAGGAGAGUUUCUGAGAGCCUGUUUCAUGUGGCGAGUGCUUAUCCUGGCUGUAGGGAUCUCCCUUGUACCCAACCAGAGCCCUCCGAGGUACCAGAUUCUUCUUAGUACACAGGUUCCAGCAGGCUGGCAGUUUCCUCUCACCUGCCUAUGAUCUGGUGGAGUGGGAAGACAGGUGUUCUCCAUUUGUUGACAACUUUCUGUUUACUGCAAGGAUCACCACACCAUUUUCCAUAAACUAAUUUAGAAGGCAGAAAAAGGUUUCUGGGUCUUUGUUUUGCUUGGUUUUGUUUUAUAUACAAGGGCAUGAAGUUGAUUUAAGAUGUGGAGUUGGGAGAGGUAGUUUGCAUAGGAACUUGGAAAAGUUUCUUGUGAAUAUCCCUUUCUGGCCAUCAAGAUGUGGAUGUGUGUUUCUUAAAAUUCUCACACAUUCCAUCCUUCACCCUGGAGAGAGGCCGUGUCAUACUGGGGAUGGGAAACAGACCUUCCCUCUCACGGACUGCCGCGUCGGGCCUGGAGGCUGUCUGCAGCAGUGACAGGACAAUCUUGCAGGAACACUCUCCCUUGAUGGGAAAGAGGGGUUCAACUGUGCUAUAUACAGGUAUCUAGGAAUGAAGAGUGAAAGAGGAACUGCUGGCUGCUUAAUUAAGAGAGUUCUGAAGUACUGAAUUUGGGAAAACCUGCUUUUCAUAGAACAGAAUGGAAUGAAAGCCUAAACCCAGUGCUGCUUACUUAGCCCCUGAAGUAAGAGAGCCCUAUCGAGACAAUCCUUUUAGCAACAGGAAGGUCAAGGAAGAAAAAGUAAGCAACUCAGGGGUGAGCUGUGACUCCUUUAGAGCAAAAGAGGGGCGGCCCCCCAAUACCAAAUAGCACUUCUGCCUGGGGCUUUUGCAACAUGCAGUGUUCCUGCCCCAAAUCUGGCACCUUAUCAUUUGAUAAGGACUUUGUUGUCUUUUUACCUGCUUAUCACUUGAGAUGAUAAUAUAGCCUGUCUGUUUGCUGUUUCAAGGCUGUGAUAUAUUUUCCUAGUGGUUGGGUUUUAAAAAAUAAAUAAGGUUUAAUUUUUCCUCCA